AUGGCGAUUGUCAAAAAAGGCGGGCGCACAAGAGCGAAGCAGCAAGCUGCUCCAGCGAAGUCUGGUAUCAAAAAGGCCGAAUUCGAUAUCACCAAAAAGAAGGAGGUGGGUGUGUCUGAUUUGACAUUGUUGUCCAAAAUCACCGACGAAGCCAUUAAUGAAAACCUACACAAGCGAUUCAUGAACGGUACAAUCUACACAUACAUUGGCCACGUGUUGAUCUCAGUCAAUCCUUUCCAAGAUUUGGGCAUUUACACACAUGAAACACUCAACAUGUACAAGGGCAAGAAUAGAUUAGAGGUGCCACCCCAUGUGUAUGCUAUUGCUGAAUCCAUGUACUACAACUUGAAAUCUUACGGUGAUAAUCAGUGUGUCAUUAUUUCUGGUGAGUCCGGUGCUGGAAAAACCGAGGCUGCAAAGCAGAUCAUGCAAUACAUAGCCAAUGUGUCUGUUGACGAUCAGCUUUCUUCCACUUCUGAUUCCAGCGGAAUUUCCAAAAUCAAGGAUAUGGUCUUAGCAACAAAUCCUUUGUUGGAGUCCUUUGGUUGUGCCAAGACUUUGAGGAAUAACAAUUCUUCGAGACAUGGAAAGUAUCUAGAGAUCUUCUUUGAUCCUCAAUCUCAUAGACCAGUUGCAGCGCAUAUCACCAACUACUUGUUGGAGAAACAAAGAGUGGUUCAACAAAUCACUAACGAGCGGAACUUCCAUAUCUUUUAUCAGUUUACCAAACAUUGUCCUCCGCAAUAUGCUCAAAUGUUUGGCAUUCAAGGACCUGAAACAUACAUCUAUACAUCAGCUGCGAAAUGUGUUAGCGCAGAUGGCAUUGACGAUGGCAAGGAUUUCCAAGAGACUAUAAGAGCAAUGGAAAUCAUCGGCUUAAGUCAAGCUGAACAAGAUAACAUUUUCCGUAUGUUGGCGUCCAUUUUAUGGAUAGGAAAUAUCUCCUUUGUUGAAGACGAGAGCGGAAAUGCCACUAUCAGAGAUGCGGGGGUUACAAACUUUGUUGCCUAUCUUUUGGAAGUUAGUCCUGAGAUUUUGCAGAAAGCUAUUGUCGAAAGAAUCAUCGAGACUUCUCACGGAAUGAGAAGAGGGUCUACCUAUCAUGUUCCUUUGAACAUAGUACAAGCUACUGCAGUCAGAGACGCUUUAGCAAAAGGAAUCUAUAAUAAUCUUUUUGAAUGGAUUGUCGAAAGAGUUAAUGCAUCUUUGUCGGCUGCAGGUCAGAACUUGGAGAAAAAAUCAGUUGGUAUCUUGGAUAUUUACGGUUUUGAAAUCUUUGAACACAAUUCGUUUGAGCAAAUCUGUAUCAACUAUGUCAAUGAAAAGUUGCAACAAAUUUUUAUCCAGUUAACAUUGAAGGCGGAGCAAGACGAGUACGUUCAAGAGCAAAUUAAGUGGACCCCGAUUGAUUAUUUCAACAAUAAAGUUGUUUGUGACUUGAUUGAGGCUGUGAGACCUCAACCUGGUCUUUUUGCUGCUUUAAACGAUUCCAUCAAAACUGCACAUGCAGACUCUGAUGCUGCAGACCAAGUUUUCGCUCAAAGAUUGAGUAUGGUUGGUGCUAGCAACCGCCACUUUGAAGAUCGCAGAGGAAAAUUCAUCAUUAAGCAUUACGCUGGUGAUGUGACUUACGAGGUUGCAGGUAUGACCGAUAAGAAUAAAGACAGCAUGUUACGUGACCUCUUGGAACUUUUGUCAACAUCCACCAAUACUUUCGUUACUCAAUCAUUGUUUCCCCCAGAAAUGUUGGCUGCUGUUACUGAUUCCAAGAAGAGACCAGAAACGGCUUCAGACAAAAUCAAGAGAAGUGCCAAUUUAUUAGUGGACACCUUAUCACAAUGCCAACCAUCGUACAUUAGAACUAUUAAGCCCAACCAAACUAAAAGACCAAAAGAAUACGACAACCAGCAAGUAUUGCAUCAAAUUAAGUAUUUGGGUUUGAAGGAGAAUGUCAGAAUUAGAAGAGCAGGUUUUGCCUACCGUACGACUUUCGACAAGUUUGUGCAGAGAUUCUACUUGUUGUCUCCGGCAACUGGUUAUGCUGGUGAUUAUAUCUGGCAAGGUGAUGAUAUAACCGCUGUUAAAGAAAUUUUAAAAAGUUGUUACAUUCCAGAUACGGAGUACCAAAUGGGUACGAGCAAAGUUUUCAUCAAGACUCCAGAGACUUUAUUUGCCCUUGAAGAUAUGAGGGACAAGUACUGGCAUAACAUGGCUGCUCGUAUUCAAAGAGCUUGGAGACGCUAUUUGAAGAGAAAAGAAGAUGCUGCCAAGGUUAUCCAAAAUGCAUGGAGAGUGAAGAAGCAUGGUAACAAAUUUGAACAAUUCCGCGAUGAAGGAUCUGCACUCUUGCAAGGCCGCAAGGAAAGAAGGAGGAUGUCCAUGCUUGGUUCACGUGCCUUUAUGGGUGACUACCUUGCAUGUAAUGACUCUACUGGAUUUGGCCGCUUUGUUGUCAGCCAAACUGGCAUUUCAGAACCCGUUAUCUUCUCGUCGAAAGGUGAAAUUCUUUUGUCAAAGUUUGGAAGAUCCUCUAAAAGAUUAAACAGAAUUUUUAUUUUGACCAAGAGCUAUCUCUAUGUUAUCGCCGAAGUUUUGGUAGAGAAGAGAUUGCAGUUGCAAAAGGAAUUUUCCAUUCCUAUCUCCGGUAUCAAGUAUGUGGCUUUGUCGACCCUUCAGGAUAAUUGGGUAGCGGUGGCAUUGCACACGCCUACAAGUACGACCCCGGAUGUGUUCAUAAACUUGGACUUCAAAACUGAACUUAUUGCUCAAAUCAAAAGAGUUAACAGAGGUUUGACUAUCAAAAUUGGUCCUACUGUUCGAGUACUGCAAGAAGCCAGGUAA